AUGGUGGAGAAGGCAGCAGAAGCCAUGCAGGUGCACCGGCAGAUGGCUUCAGUGAAGAACGUCCUGACCGCCUUUGCCAAGCCGAUGCAAGAGCACGCCUCUACCCAAGGCCGACUACAUCCAUCCUGGUCGUAUGGAACCUCGACGGGGCGACUGAGCUGCAGCAAUCCCAACCUGCAGGCCUUGCCCUCCCCCGAGAAGGAUUCCUACAAGGUUCGGAGUGCCUUGAAAGCGGCCGACGGCCACACUUUCAUCCUGGCGGACUAUUCACAGUUAGAGCUUCGGAUUUUAGCCCCGGACGCCCAGAGCUUCGCGUGGAUCGCAGCGGCGAUGGAGGGGGAGACCUCCUCCUCCUCCUCGAGCGGUGGACGCUUUGUGGUUCGCUUCGAACGAACACUGAGGAAAGUGAACAAGGGCUUGCUCCAAGAUGACGAGACGCCGGGGGGCUCUGGGGAGCCUCAAAGCCGGCUGAGCGUGGAGAGCAGCAACAGUGCCAGUGCAAGUGGUGCCGUCGCUAGCGGAGCCACGGAGGAAGGUGCUCCACGUGGAGCGGCGAACAGUGGCAGCCGAACGGCAGCUUUUCCAGGGGAGACCGACCAGCGCCAUGAAGAUGGCACUUGUCAGCCGUGCAUUUUUGCCCCGUUGAGCCGUGGCUGUGUCCGCGGCAGUCGCUGCCAGUACUGCCAUCAAAGUCACGGCGAGCGCGCCGUCACUCGCGGUCUGCGGAAGCACACGCGUGAUCGCAUCAAGCGACGGGUGGAAGCGUUGUUGCAGCCUCCAGUGGACCAAGAAGAAGUGCAGGAUUCCCUCCAGAUCGAAGCUGCCAAACAUGCUUGGGCCAGGAGACAUGUCCUCACGCUCCUGCACCAACUGGAUCAGCCGGUUCUUGCGGCGUCGGCGGCGGCGCAGACGGGUCUUACGCCGACGGCUGACGGCGCAGCCGGCGCUCCGCGGCCGCGAGAACCGGCCGCGUUCCGGUGA